AUGCGCAUGCGCAAUUUGGUGCACAGCGUAUGAAAGAUUGACAGUUUAUAUUCUAAAUUUAACACACGUGACCUUUGUGAUUAAUUUAAUUUGAAAUAUUAUCAUUAUUUAAUUCACGCAAGCAAAAUACUGUCAGUGGAGCCAGGAAAGCACAUUCACACACCAAGUGAUGUCAGACAGCAAGAAAUAAGCAAGCGAGGACACAGUGUGGCUCCUCCUCUUCAGCCACUAUGGUGGACUUCUUGGCAGAGAACAACUUGUGCGGCCAGGCAAUCCUCAGGAUAGUCUCCAGGGGAAAUGCCAUCAUUGCUGAGCUCCUGCGUCUCUCAGAUUUCAUUCCUGCAGUUUUCAGGCUCAAAGACAAGACUGAGCAGCUGAAAUAUGGAGACAUUAUUUGUGACUUCAGCUACUUUAAAGGCCCGGAGUAUUAUGAGGGGAAGCUUGAGGCCAAACCCGAACUUCAGGACCUGGAUGAAGAGUUUAGAGAGAACAAUAUUGAGAUUCUUUCGAGAUUCUACCUAGCUUUUGAAAGCGUACAUAAAUACAUAGUGGAUCUAAACAGAUACUUGGAUGACCUACAUGAAGGUGUUUAUAUUCAACAAACUCUUGAGACUGUGCUUCUAAACGAGGAUGGAAAACAACUACUGUGUGAGGCUCUCUACUUGUAUGGCGUGAUGUUGCUGGUUAUCGACCAAAAAAUUGAGGGAGAGGUUCGGGAGAGAAUGCUUGUUUCCUAUUAUCGAUACAGUGCUGCAAGGUCUUCAGCAGACUCCAACAUGGAUGACAUCUGCAAACUCUUACGCAGCACCGGUUUCUCCAGCCAGCCCGGUGCCAAGCGACCGGCCAACUACCCAGAGAGCUACUUUCAGAGGGUUCCCAUCAGUGACACCUUUAUUAGCAUGGUCAUCGGAAGACUGCGCUCUGAUGAUCUAUACAACCAAGUGUCUGCCUACCCUCUACCAGAACAUCGUAGUACAGCGCUGGCUAACCAGGCAGCCAUGCUGUAUGUUUGCCUUUACUUCAGCCCAUCCAUACUUCAAACCCAGCAGGCCAAAAUGCGUGAGAUAGUGGACAAGUAUUUCCCUGACAACUGGGUUAUCAGUAUAUACAUGGGGAUCACAGUGAAUCUGGUGGAGGCCUGGGAACCUUACAAAGCUGCAAAAAUUGCUCUUAACUACACUUUGGAAUCUGCUAACAUCAAAGAGCAGGCAAGCCGUUAUGCCACAAGCAUGGAGAGUCUGCGGCCUCAGGUGCAGCAGUUGCUGAAGGAAGGUUUCCUUCGGGAGGAGAUCAUUUUAGACAACAUUCCCAAACUGCUAAACUGUCUAAGGAACUGCAACGUUGCUAUUCGCUGGCUAAUGCUGCACUCUGCAGAGUCAGCCUAUGACCCGAACAACAAGAGACUGCGCCAAAUCAAAGACCAAGUGACCAACGACUCCAAGUACAAUCCUAAGAUCCUCUUUCAGCUCCUGCUCGACACAGCCCAGCUGGAGUUCAUGCUGAAAGAGAUGUUCAAGCAGAUGCUGUCAGAGAAACAAAUCAAAUGGGAGAGCUACAAGAAGGAGGGAUCAGAGAGAAUGACUGAGCUGGCCGAAGUCUUCUCAGGUGUUAAACCGCUGACAAGAGUGGAGAAAAACGAAAACCUCCAAGCCUGGUUCAGAGAAAUCUCAAAACAAAUUGAAUCUUUAAAUUAUGAGGACUCAACAGCUGCUGGGAGGAAGACGGUCCAGCUCAUACAGGCUCUUGUCGAGGUUCAGGAGUUUCAUCAGUUAGAGUCUAACCUGCAGGUCUGUCAGUUCCUGGCAGACACAAGAAAGUUCCUGCACCAAAUGAUUCGCACAAUCAAUAUUAAGGAAGAAGUCCUCAUCACGAUGCAGAUAGUCGGAGAUUUGUCUUAUGCCUGGCAGAUCAUAGACAGCUUCACAUCCAUUAUGCAGGAGAGCAUCCGGGUAAACUCAUCCAUGGUCACUAAAUUGCGAGCUACCUUUCUGAAGUUAGCUUCUGCUUUGGAUCUCCCAUUGCUGCGCAUCAACCAGGCCAACAGUGCUGACCUUCUAAGCGUUUCCCAGUUCUACUCUGGGGAAUUGGUGGCCUAUGUCAGGAAGGUACUGCAGAUCAUCCCGGAGAGCAUGUUCACCUCUCUGGCCAAAAUCAUCAAGCUUCAGAUCCAUGACAUCAUUGAGGUGCCCACACGGCUGGACAAGGACAAACUGAAAGACUACUCCCAGCUGGGGGCACGCUAUGAAGUGGCUAAACUCACCCAUGACAUCUCCAUUUUCACUGAGGGGAUCUUGAUGAUGAAGACCACUUUAGUUGGUAUUAUCAAGGUGGACCCUAAACAACUUCUGGAGGAUGGCAUCAGGAAAGAGCUGGUGAAGAGGGUAGCUUAUGCUCUGCACAAGGGGUUAAUUUUAAACCCCAAGGCUAAGCCAAGUGAGUUGAUGCCCAAGUUAAAAGACAUGGCGGCCACCAUGGAUGGGUUCUACAGAUCAUUCGAGUACAUCCAAGACUAUGUCAGUAUAUACGGCCUUAAAAUCUGGCAGGAGGAGGUCUCCCGAAUUAUCAACUACAAUGUAGAGCAGGAGUGCAACAGCUUCCUCAGGACUAAGAUCCAAGACUGGCAAAGUGUGUACCAAUCCACUCACAUUCCCAUUCCCAAGUUUCCCUCUGUAGACGAGUCUGCCACCUUCAUUGGUCGUCUCUGCAGAGAGAUUCUCCGGAUCACAGAUCCUAGGGUUACAUGUUACAUUGAUCAAAUGAACACCUGGUAUGACCUUAAGAGCCACCAGGAAGUGACCAACAACAGACUAUUUUCAGAGAUCCAGAGCUCAUUGGGUACAUUUGGCUUGAACGGACUGGACCGAUUGCUCUGCUUCAUGAUUGUCAGGGAGCUGCAGAAUUUCUUGACAGUGAUUCAGAAGAGCAUUCUGAAGGACAAAGCUGCAUUGGAGGUCUUUAAAGCAAUGCUGGGCGCUGUCAACCCGGUUCAGGGUAUCGUAGGUAAUGCCAGCAAAGUAUAUGCCAGUGCACUGGCUAAAACCCAAAAGAUCUGGGGGCCAUAUUUAGAGGCCAUCAUGAAGGUCGGUCAAAUGCAAAUUCUACGACAACAGAUUGCUAAUGAGCUGAACUACUCCUGCAAGUUUGACUCCAAACACCUGGCGGCUGCCCUAGAAAACCUGAACAAGUCUCUUCUAGCAGACAUUGAAGCCCACUACCAAGACCCAUCACUGCCCUACCCGAAAGAAGACAACACCCUUCUGUAUGACAUCACUGCUCAUUUGGAGGCCGCGGGUAUUCACAAUCCGCUUAAUAAGAUCUACAUUACCACAAAGCGCCUCCCUUACUUCCCCAUCAUCAACUUUCUGUUCAUUAUAGCACAGCUGCCUAAGCUUCAGUACAGCAAAAACCAAGGAAUGACCUGCAGGAAAUCCACUGACCCAGUUGACUGGCCUCCCUUAGUACUCGGUCUUCUCACCCUCCUCAAGCAGUUUCACUCCAGAUACACGCAGCAAUUCUUGGCCCUAAUUGGUCAAUUCAUCCGUUCUAUCAUGGAACAGUGCACGAGCCAGAAGAUCCCUGACAUGCCCUCUGAUGUGGUGGGAGCGCUCAUGUUCCUGGAAGACUACAUCAAAUACACAAAAUUGUCCCGCAAGGUAGCUGAAGCCCACGUGCCCAGUUUCAUUUUUGAUGAGUUCAGAACUAUACUGUGACGACCCGGAAGAAGCAGAAAAAAGGAUUUUGUUGCCUUUUAUUUUACUUAUACAUUUCAUUUUUGAGCUCAUUCAUGUCCUAAAACACAUGUAAAAUUGUAUAUUGUUAAUAGAUAGAAAGCUACAAUUGCCUUACUGUCCCUAACAUUAUGUAUUAGCACAUUUAAUACAUUAAUAAAUAUCAGGGGUUCCAACCUU